AUGACCCUGGCCGGUACUACUAGAGUUAAAGGUGAAGUAUUAGCAUCAUAUAAUGAUUCAAUUCUAUCAACAUUACAAACUCAUAUUGCCUUAUUAAAAUUAUCAAGUCAAUCAUUAAAAAUGACAAAAUUAAAAAGUCAAAAUCUUCGUUUAGUUCUAUCAACAUUAACAACAGAUUAUGGAUUCGAAGAUAUUUAUGACAAUGUAUUAUUUAUUGAACAAUUAAAUACAAGAAGAUUCUCAUAUGAAAAUUUAUUUACUAGUUCAAUUGAUGGCUAUAACAAAAUUGUACGUACUUCAAUAUUAAAUGAUCGUAGUAAAUUUUUAAAUGAAAAUUUUUUAACAUUGAUUACACCAUGGCAAUUAAAAACAACAAAAAUUGCAUUAAAUAUUUUACGUUUUAUUGCUGCUAGUAAAAUUAAUCCACAAAAAUAUCGAAUGUUAUCAUAUGUUAAUCUUGAAAUAAUCUCACCUACAGUGAAUCAUAAUAAAACUCAUGUUUCUCAACUGCGGACUCUUCCAGAGAAAAUUUUGGCUUUAUCCAAGGCCGUUUCAGCUGCUGCCAAUGCUUGGAAAGAUAUUGUGACUGCAUUUAAAUCAAGUAGUUCUACUACAAUUACACGUAUUGUACGAUUUGAUUUUACCUAUUUUUCUCAGAAAUCAGCAGUUUUAAAAGAGAUUGAUAUAUCAGCUGAUAAAGCAACAGAAUUUAUUAAUGCAGUUAUUAUUGAUUAUAAUUUACUAUCAAAAGGUAGUUUUAUGCUUGGUUUAACAUAUUCCGAUGAUUUUUCUUGGGAUCGUAUUGAUUAUCUUUAUUCUCCAUCAAAUAAUGGAAAUUAUCGUUCUUUAACAUUGUUUAAAAAUGGUGAUAGUUUAACUAAUACUACUUCAUUUUUUAUUGUUGAUAUCAAUGCUGAUUAG